CUCUCUCUCUCUUUCUAUGACUGUCUGUCUGUCUCUCUUAUCUCUUCUCUGUGCCCAAGCCCAUACAUCCAUCCUCUUCCACCUCUAUAGCAGCAGCAGCAGUAGCAGCAUCACUCUUUUUAAUAAAUAAUAUGCAGAGACACCACUUCACAUUUUCCAACUCUUGAAAACAUAAGCUAAGCUAGCUUCUGAACUCCCCCCCUCUUCUCCCCUCUUUUCUUCUGAUCAUCAUCAUCAAAAGCCAAACUUCAAACUCCCCCUGUAAAAUUUUCGGAUCUCUCUCUCUCUCUCUCUGUUCCCUUUCCUCUGCCACCUCUAGACAUGGAACAUGAAGAGAAAGCAGCAGUAAACAAUGGUGCAGAAGAUGGAUCGACCAGAUCAUUCCCUUGUUUGUUCUGUUCAAGGAAAUUUCACAGCUCACAAGCUCUGGGUGGACACCAGAAUGCCCACAAGAAAGAGAGAACCGCCGCCAGAAAAGCCAAGAGAGCUUCUGAGUAUGCACUCAACACCUUCUCCUCCCUGCCGCCGCCUCCCCCGCCGCCGCCCGUUAUCUUCUCUCCCAACCACCAGCAGCUUGGCCUCUUCAGCCCCUCCCUCUACAUCACCGCCCAUGCAGCCAGCCUCGGCGCCCAAUUCUCCGGCAGGCAAUUCUCGGAUGGCUUUGCAGGAUCAAAUGGCGCAGCUCGGUUCGAGAAUGUGGUGCUAUACAGAGGGAACUACAUGAACAAUAAUCCAUACGCACAGUUGGAAGAAGAUGCCCAGAAUUUCUUGAAUUGGCAAAGGAGUGGGAGAUGCAGCAGCGGGUUCAAGGAAGGGUCAGAUGGUAGGGUUCAUCAUCAUGAACAGGAGACGACGGCAACGAUGACUGAUCACAGGGAUAAGAAUCAGAAGCUGGAUCUGUCUCUCCAUUUAUAGACAGAUCAAAGGUCAAAUCCCGACUGUGUUUUUGGAAAGAUCAUUGGUGGGUGGGUGGGUGGUUCCAGAAAUUUUGCCCAUUUUAAUUAUCUUUUCUUUCUUACUUUCUUUGUUUUUGUUUUGUUUUGU